UUUGAUGUAUUUGUGUGAUGGCAAUAAAGAAGUUUUAUUUAUUUUAUUUAUUUAUCUUCAAAUGAUGGUGAAGAGAAAUGUGAAGAUUAACAUUUUUUUUAAAAGUCUCAUUCCACAAAUGAAAGCAUUUCCGCCAUUACAAAAACUGCGAGUAAAGAACAAAAUGAUGCAAUUAAUAAUGGAAGAGACGGAAAAAAUGGAGUACGAAUGACGAUAAGACUCAUAUGGCUAUAAUACCCAUGGCAACGUGGAUUUCAACCCUUAUCACAACAAACAGAUAGACAAUAAUUAAUUAACUACUCCAUAAACGUAAUUUUUCGAAUGAUUUAUUGAUUUUACUUGAGAAUAAAUAAAUGAAUAUUAGUGAUUAAAACAAAUAUUGUUUCCAUAUGGAAUUAUGCACUUACCUUAUUGUUAUAAACAGUUUCUCUUCAGGUUUUACACUUUUUCUAAAAUUGGUGUCAAUCUUGACUAAACAUGGUGCGAUCUUAUUUAAUAUGUAGUCAAAACUAUGUAAUGACAUACUCGUGUAUUCAAAGAACUUAUCGAAAAGAAAUAAGAAAUACGUCCGUAAAUCAGCUUAUAAUACAUAAAAUUCUCCAAACUUUUCUCUUCCUUUAUUUAAAUCGGGUGUACCAAACUUCACAUAUUGAAAUUUCCAUUUCAAGUAUAAAUUUUCCAUUAAUAAAAACAAAUCUUCAUCCAUGUCUUCUAAAUACGUAGCAAAGUUUGAGAACGACCUAUCCACAUGUGCAAUGACACUCGUAGCUCGAUCGCCACUGUGAAUACGCAGACGCCAAGACCCGAGCGCCCGCCGCCACACCCGCUAGUGCAGUCUAAGGCUGCCAGUCCACCAGAGCGGAGCGAGGCAGCGGAGCCGAGAAACGGAGAAAUAUUAACCAAUAGGAUUGCACAAAAUCUCCGCUCCUCUUAAGUGGACAGGGACUUGCGAGCUAGUUUAAAAUUUCAUAUAAAACCGGUAAGCGGAGCGGGGAAACGGAGCGGGGAAACGUGCGGGGAUGCGGAGCGGGGAAGCGAGUGCGGGCGCGGGCGCACUUUGCGCCGGCAGUGUGCCGCCGUAUUCCGACCAGUGCGUAUGUGACCGAAGAUAAUGGAUGAAAAACUUAUUGAAAGUGUGAAAAAGUUUCCGUGCAUUUGGAACACAUCUUCAGAAUUUUACAAAUGCAACGAAACAAAAGAUGCUGCGUGGGACCAAAUUAUCAUUGAAACAAACAUAUCGGAUGUUACAACUGCCAAGUCGCGAUGGAAACAACUGAGAGAUAACCAUCGGGAUGCCUUAAAAAGACAAAAUGCAACAAGGAGUGGACAGGCUAGAAAACAACGAAAAGAAUGGAAAUAUCAAAAAGCCAUGUCAUUUUUAUUGCCUUACAUGAGUAACAGAGACCGGUCAACAAAUUUUACGCCCCUGGACCACUCAGUAAGCGAAACUUCAAAUCCGCCAAAUACCAUUGAAGAGAGUUCACGGGAAUCAUGCAAUUUUUUGCCAUCAAAUUCAAAUAAUCUUCCUUCUGCCGAUGAUCCUAAGAAUCCAACAGCUUCGGAAUCUCUUCCAUCAACAUCCAAAAAAAGAAAGAACGAUGAAAUUCUAGAUUAUUUAAAAAAAAAUCAAGAACGCCGCGAAGUGUUGGAACGAGAACGGAUAGAACUUAAAAACAUGAUGUCAGCCAGUGAUAAAUACGAUGAAAUAGACUUAUUUUUUUUAAAUUUGGCUGCAUCGACAAAAAAGCUGCCGUAUUAUUUUCAACUUCAAAUUAAAAAAACCUGCUUUAAUGCGGUAAUGUCAGCUGAAGAAAGUAAUCUUCAACAUAGUUGGUAUUCUCCGAAUAAUUAUGGUUAUUCUACAGGCUCAACACCUACAUCAGAUAACAUCAACACUAGUAUCGAUACUCCUAGUGCUUCAGAUAAUAUCAACACUAGUAUCAAUAUUCCUAGUGCUUCAGAUAAUAUCAACACUAGUCUUAAUAUUCCUAGUGCUUCAGAUAAUACCAACACUAGUAUCAAUAUUCCUAGUGCUUCAGAUAAUAUCAACACUAGUCUUAAUAUUCCUAGUGCUUCAGAUAAUACCAACACUAGUGUCAAUAUUCCUAGUGCUUCAGAUAAUAUUAACACUAGUAUCAUUAAUCCUAGCGCUUUACAAAUUCCAACAACCCAGGAUAUUGAAACAUCUGCAGCAGAGCCAACAGAACCCAAUGAAAAUGCGGUCAAUUUUGAGACAGAUUACGAUUUUUAAAUUAAUAUAACAUGGCUUCUAUAACUGUAUGCAAAAAUAAAAGUUACUUUGAUUUAAAAUGUGUACUUACUUUAAACACACCGCUAAUCUUUCACGGCUACUAAUUGAAUUUCUGUAAUUUGUGUCUUGUUUCCGAAUAUAUGGUUCAAUCAGGGAGUGAAG